GCCCCUGGGCUCGCUGAGCCCCGAGGAGAGGGACGCCAGGACCGUGUUCUGCAUGCAGCUGGCGGCCAGGAUCCGGCCCCGGGACCUCGAGGAUUUCUUCUCUGCCGUGGGCAAGGUGCGCGACGUCCGCAUCAUCUCGGACCGCAAUUCCCGCCGCUCCAAGGGCAUCGCCUACGUGGAAUUCUGCGAGAUCCAAUCGGUGCCCUUGGCCAUCGGCCUCACCGGGCAGCGCCUGCUGGGCGUGCCCAUCAUCGUGCAGGCCUCGCAGGACCUCUUUGAGCCCUUUUCGGACCGUCCAGGACCCUCAAGACGUUCAGAGAUCUCACCUGUGCUCACCUGCGCUCACCUGCGCUCACCUGUGCAGUUCUCGGAGGCCGAGUGCGCUCGCCGGGCGCUGACUCAGCUCAAUGGUUUCGAGCUGGCCGGGCGCCCCAUGCGCCUGGCCCCCGUUUCCCCUCCCCCAGCCCUGAGCCCGGCGCUGAAUUUGGCCUCGCAGUGUUUGACGCUCUCGGGGCUCUUCUCACCCCAGACCAUGUGA